AUGAAGGCAUAUCGUUCAACCGUUAUGCGCGAGGCAGAGAAUUUUGAUCAGAUCAAGUUCAUUCAAUUGCCGAGGGAGCGCAACGAAGAUGCCGACCGGUUGGCCUGUAGUGCAUCAAGCUAUGGGGAGACACUGGCCAGGGUAGUUCCAGUUGGUGUGUUGUACCAGCCAUCUAUCUUUGAGGAACCAUCAAGCUCGAAUCCAUGGCAAGUGAAUGUCAUACCAUAUGAGCCGAGUUGGAUAGAUCCAAUUAUGACAUAUAUACAGGAUGGUGUUUUGCCCGAGCAGAGGGAUGAGCCAAGGAAGAUCAGAUCGAACGCUGUGAAGUAUGCCAUAGCGCACAACCAGUUGUAUAAGAGGUCUUAUUUAGGGCUUUACUUGAAAUGUGUCACCCUCACAGAAGCUCGGUAG